AUGGAAUUGAGUCCUAAUCCACGGAGCCGCAUCCAAGUUGAAUGGGUAGGAGGAUAUUUUGCAGCUGCUCACCAGGAGAGUUGGCCUACUUCUGCUAGCUUGUAUGGAGAUGAUCGGGUGACACACAGACCUGCGGCUUCACCGGCGGAUGGAACCAGGACGACCUCCGGCAGCGGCGACGCCGUGCCUCACCGGGGGAUGGAAACCAGGUGCCGUCAUCAAAGAUUGGGACGUCCAGCUGACUACCUGAGCCUGCUACCACUGGACCGAUGGAGUCAGCGCCGACUCCGCAACGCCUCCGGUGGCCGAGGCAGCCCGGGGAGCUGGCCAGGGACGACGCACUCCGGCGGCGCCGAGAUGGGGUACUGCAGCCUCCUCGGCGAGACUGCCGACUACGUGCGCUACCUCUGCUCUUCUCCGUCCAAUGAUCGAUCGCCCAAUGGAGCAAGUAGGAAGCGCCGUGAUUAA